AUGGCAUCGACUUCCUCCGCUACUACAGAGGAGGGUGGACUGCACAGCGAGUUCCGUGUACCGGUCACAAGGGCCAUCCCAGUGCCUCGUUUCGCCACGGUCACGAUGCAUCAGCUGGGGAAGUGCAUCCCGUGCCGCUUUUUCGCCUUCAAGGACGAUGGGUGUCACAAAGGCUCCAAGUGCGAGUUCUGCCACCUCUGUGGUCCAACUGAAGCUCUGCGUCGCUCCAAGAAGGUGCACACAGCACGUAAGAAGCAAGAAGAGGCCGUGUUGCGCCGCGAAGCUCACACCGGUGCCGACCGCUCGCAGACCGGUGCUGUCGUCCGGACGAGACCAGUCACCUUCAGCUUCUGGCUGUGA